CAAUUAAUUGGAAGGGCAAUUCGACCGCAAAACGCGGAUGUACGGCUCCGAGCCCCAAUUCCCAAACUCGGGCAGCUUGUGUUCUCGCGUCUCAGCACCUGCCUCUUCCAGCCGCUAUACAUUACUGUAGACCCGGUGCACGCCACAUUCGGUGGUGUAAUUUUUACUGUGGCUGCCGGCUUGCUCUAGGACCACAAAAUGCGCCUCUCUGCUCGCACUCUGGCCCAGCGGGCCUCGCUGCCCGCUCGCAGCACCGGCGUUGUGAGCCGUCGCAGCCUGGUUGCUCCUGCUCCUGCCCGCAAGGCCAACCUGGCCACUCGCGUCGCCGCUAUUGAGGAGCAGCAGACCUCUUUCCAGGGCGACGAGCAGCCCGUGGAGGCCGCCCUCGAUCCCGCCAGCAUUCUGGAUGUGGACCCCGCUGCUGUGGAGGAGAUGGACCUGCACGAGCUGGACCAGGCCCAGGAGGACCUCCUGAAGUGGAUGAUGCUGGACGAGGCGACCCAGGAGGAGGACCUGGAUGAGAUGGUCGACUACGACGAUUUCGGCGACGAGGAGUAUGCUGACAUGUAUGAGGAGGUUGAGGAGAUGCUGGAGGCGGUGGACUAUGAGUUCAAGGUGGGCGACAAGGUCAGCGGCACCGUCAUUGAGGUCGACGACGACGGCGCCUACGUGGAGAUUGGUGCCAAGGCUAUUGCUUUCUGCCCUGUGACUGAGUGCUCGUUCGCGCGCCUGAAGACGCCCCUGGAGGCCCUGCGCCCGGGCAUGAAGCGCGACUUCAUGGUCGUCGAGGACGAGGAGGAGUAUGGCCAGGUCAUCGUGUCCCUGGCUGCCAUGGAGGCCACCACCUUCUGGCAGCGCAUCCGCCAGCUGCAGGAGGAGGACAUCACCGUCACCGUGUCCGUGGAGUCGGUCAACAAGGGUGGCAUGCUGGUGAAGUUCGGCAUCUAUGACGGCUUCAUCCCCGUCAGCCAGUUUGGCCCGUCCAUCACCCCCGACAACAUGGAGAGCCUGGUGGGCUUCGAGCUGCAGGUCAAGUUCCUGGAGGUCGAUGAGGAGGCCGAGCGCCUGGUGUUCAGCCACAAGCGGGCCAGCAGCACCGUGUCCAACGACAUCCAGGGCUUCAAGGUCGGCGAUGUGGUUGCGGGUGUGGUGCAGUCGGUGAAGCCCUACGGUGCCUUCAUUGACCUGGGCGGCGUGACCGGCCUGCUGCACGUCAGCCAGAUCAGCCACGACCGCGUGCUGGUCCUGGACAAGAUCCUCCAAGAGGGCGACAAGAUCAAGGUCAUGAUCCUCAGCCAGGACCGCGAGCGCGGCCGCGUGACGCUAAGCACCAAGAAGCUGGAGCCCACUCCUGGUGACAUGCUGCGUGACCCCCAGCUGGUGUACGAGAAGGCCGAGGAGAUGGCCGAGCAGUUCCGCAAGCGCGUGGAGCAGGCCGCCCAGAGCGCCGCGGAGCCGCAGCCGGACACCCUCGGCGCCGCGCCGGAGGGCCAGCCCUUCGUCUACUAAGCUAGCUAUGCCGAGCGCCUGGCUGGACGGCAGCGUUCAGCCUGGCGAUUUCGGAGGCAGGAGCGGGCAGCUGCAGCGGCAGCAUGCUGAUGCGGCGGUGCUUGCAGCAGCCGACGCGCCGCGGCAGCUGGGUGCGCCUGCUUGUAGUGGGCGCUUAGAUGCUGGGUGGCGGGUUAGACAAAGGUGACGGCGGGCGGCGUUGCACGCCUGCCGCCGGGAGGGCGGCGCGAAGCGGCGGCGGGCCAGGCUGCCUUUCCUGCUGCGACUGCGCCAACGCGCUGCGGCAGGGCGGCAGGGGCACGCUGCGAGGAACAUAUGGCGGCAGGACAACGGGGCGGCUCGUGAUGGAAGAAGCACACAGCGGCGUGGUGCCAGACAAUUCAGAAUGAGGAGCGCUUCAUGAAGCAGCGGGGUUUCUGCAGGUUCACAGACUGAGGAAAAGAGAGCGUGCUUUCUGUUGUGUGUGCGGUGCGUAAGGUGACUAGUUUGGCCGGUUGGAUUCGUUGGCGCUUGCUUGCAGGGGCAGGCAGGGCGCUCCUGCACGGUCGCGCCUUCGCUUUUGACUUUCGAUAGAUGAUGCUUGUCGCGUGGGGGACAUGGCCGUUGGGGCGUUCGUCCAUCGGCCGGUCCUCCUCUGGCGGAGUCGGCGCUCCGUUCUUGGGCCUCCAAAUUUUGGUACCCUGAUGGGGUGUUCAGGAAAUAGGUGGCGUCGGUAACGCCGCGUCGGCGCGGGGCUUCGGGUCUCGUCACAAACGCCGUCGGCGAAGCGCGUGCUUGGGCACACACAGUAUUUUGCGCACUAAACCUGCGUUUUGUUCUGCGGAGGGGCAGUGGAGCGCGUAAGCAGCCGAUGCAUAAAGGCAGUUUUUUUGCUUCGUCUUGCCGAGUGUCGAAAGUAUGUGUGUGAACCAGGCCGAGAGACAAAUGAUGACUUGACAACAGAGAGACAGAUGCGAGCAGGUGGUGUAGGGGGGUGCCGCACGAAUGCGGGGUGUUGAUGUGUCCAUGCGUCCUGGUGCGCAUCCAGGAGUGCGGAUGGCGGCUUGCCCAGGACGUGCCCGCAGGCAUAGAGGUGCAGGAGGCUUUCGGGUGCUUGAUGGGGGCCGUGACCGGUGGCGUGCAGGGCUCUGGCCUGUGAGGAUCGCCCGGGAUGCAUCGAGACGUGUGCGCACUGAUUAAAAGCACGGUAGAUACUGGCGUGGCGCACGGAGAUUUUCUCAGGCGAAGGCGCACACACGCGACGGCGGUCCCCAAGUAAAAUGCGAAAACCA